GCAGGAAGGGGCGGAGCUAAGAAUACUAAGACUGCGCGGACGGAUCUCGCGAGAGCAGUAGAGGGCGGAAGCACAGCCUGUGCAGGAUGCGGAUCCUGGUUGCGUUGGUCCUGCUGAGCGUCGCAGCGGCGGUUUCCUUACCACUAGAAAAGUCCGACAAGUUAAAGCCACAGGCCACGGGCGAGGGCCCUGACAAGGAGGAGCUCCAGCCGCAGGCCGCGGGAGACGACUCUAACAAGGAGAAGCCCGAGUUGCAGGCCACAGGAAACGACCCUAAUAAGAAGCCCCAGACGCAGUCCACGGGACACGACCCUAACAAGGAGAAGCCCGAGCCUCAGUCCACGGGAAACGACUCUAACAAGGAGAAGCCCCAGACGGAGUCCACGGGAGAGGACCCUAACAAGGAAAAGCCCGAGCCUCAGAAGCCCCAGACACAGUCCACAGGAGGUGGUCCUAAAGAGGAGAAGCUUGAGCCACAGUCCAAAGGAGACAGCCCUGACAGGGAGAAGCCUGAGCCACAGUCCAAAGGAGACAGCCCUGAUAAGCUGGUCUCUAACCCAUCCUCUGCUAACAAGGAGCCUACCAAGCUUGACCUAAACAUACCAGCUGGCAAAGAUACCUCUCUGCAUGCUUUUAGAAGUGAAUCUGGGGAGAGAGAAUUACUAGACUCUGACUCCACUUCUCCACAGCAGGAGAAAGAUGGCAAGUCUUCAGAGCUUACAGAUGUGGAGGCCAAGAAGGCUGAGGAAGGGGAUACGGAAUCUGAGAAUUCACCACCCGAAGGAGAGAAAGAAACGCCUGGCCUUGCCUCCAGUGAGAACCAUGAAGGGACACUUUUAGAUUCCAUGAGUAGGGAGAAUGAUGACCUUUUUAAGGACAGUCUUGGAAGUGCUAGUGCAGAGAGCAGCCACUUCUUUGCCUAUCUGGUGACUGCAGCCAUUCUUGUUGCUGUGCUCUACAUUGCCUAUCACAACAAACGGAAGAUUAUUGCUUUUGUCCUGGAAGGAAAAAGAUCUAAAGUCACUCGGCGCCCAAAGGCCAGUGAUUACCAGCGUUUGGACCAGAAGAUUUGAUUUUUCCAUUCUUGAGAACUUUGUCCUCCCUGCUGAUUUGUUUUUAAAUGGAGAGAAAUGAAGAAAAAAGUACUGUGACCUAAGAGACACCCCCUCCUCUAGGAUUUGGUGGCAAGUCUGGGCUGGCAGAGGCAAGGGGAUUGCUUUGAUUUUUGCACCUGCACUUUGGUGACCUUGUACUCCUGUGUCCCCAUUAUCUCUGCUCGUGUCUUCUGUCCUUUCCUUCUCUGAGUGUGAGUAGAAGGAGCAUGUGGGAAGCCAACUGUGACCAAAGGGAGCUCAGCCCCAGGCAGGCUACUGCUGCCAACUGCCUUCCCUUGGGUCUUGGCCAUUUAGUAGUUAUCCCUUGAAAAUAGCAUUGUGCCCACUACUAUCUUUGUAGACCUAGGAAAACUCUGCAGGAUGAGAUGCUCUUGUACCAAGGCCUCUUACUUGGGGGGGUUGUGCCCUUUACAAAAGAUGAAGAGGUGAAUGCUGACCGGCAAAGGGGGACUUUAACACAUAACUCUCUUGAGAGGCUCCAGCAGCAAACCAAAACAGCUUUUAAAAAGUGCUUUAUUGCCUGUUAAGUCCAACCUGUCUAGAGUAAGUUCUUCACAUUUUCCAAUAUUUUCAUAUUAAGACAAAGUCAACUUCCAUUUGGUUGUACUGACUGAACUUGGGGAUUCUGGAAGUAAGGCUGUAAAGCCAUGGUUCCCGUUAUAGAUUUUUAAAAAUACAGUUAUGAUUAUUGAAAUGCUUUGUUCUUCUAUACUCACAUUUGUAACAAACUUUUUAAAAUAGGGUAAGCUCGGGCUUUGCAUAAGAAGAUGUAUGUGCAGGAGGGUUUCGGUUUUGAUCUGCAUUAUUUCAAAGGGCUUUUAUGAAAGGUUUCCCAUAAACUCUGCUUUGCCUUUGUUGCUUAAACUAGACAAAACAGACCUGUAAUCAGCAACUAACUGUACUCUUUUACCUUAAUCUAGUUAAUGGUUCUCUGAUCAAUAUAAAAUGCCAAGGGUAAUUAGUAAAAUUUCUCCUUCCAGCCCAUGUUAGACUUUACUAAAAUUUAAGAAAUUCAGGGGUAACUGAGGUAGUGUCUUGGAUCCUGCUGUGGUUUGAAGUUUUCUUUAAAUCUGCUCUAGUUGUGCUACCCUAUAAUAGCCUAGAGAGAGUUGUUUCGGCAGAGAAAAAAUGGAAAUCGAAUAGCUGAUCUCAGGGAAAUACAAAGAAUGUGGAAAGUGAUGGCAGUAGGAUGAAUUCUGUGCUGUUGAGGAAGCCGGUCUGCAGAAGGGACCAGCCUGUUGUCACAUUAUCUUGCACCUUGCUUAAAACAGAGCAUGGCUUUGACUUGAGAUUUAUGGAGAUAAGGAAGGAAUGAAUGUUCUUGCAUCAUUCUCUCUGCCUGUGCACCAACCUUAAAAUGUUUUCCUCUCUCUAGGGAAUCUUCUGUCAGGUUCUCCUAGCAUUCCAUGAAACCAUGGUUCCCCCUGUCUACCUCUUGUGGCUUAGAGAAGCAAGCUUUUAGGACUCUGGUGUUCAGGACUGUGUAGAUCUGCAUACUCUCCAGGCCAAAGGCUCCUCUGGGCAGGCCCAUGUAGGCUUCUGUGCCUUUUUGUUCUUGCUGUGUCCUCCAUUCCCUGGCUUCCCCGGCUGUUCUUUGCUUAGGGUGCGCUCCCUUCUAUUCUUCCGCUUGUCUCCCCCAACUCUUCCUUCAGGGCCCAGCUCAGGUUUUCCCACACACCUUCCUCACUGCCCCCACUACAGAGGAUUGGCUCUUUUCAUUCUACUCUAAGAACUUUAAUAAUGCCAGUCACAAAUUUUGCAACUCCAAAAAAAGGGCAGACAUUAUCUGAUGUCUCUAUCUGGUCUCUUCCCCCCAAAACUAAGCUGCUUGCAGGAGUGCUUGUGGCACCAUCUACAUACCUGCCUACAGGAUAGUGACGUUCCCUGGUAUUUCAGUUCAGUGUCUCCUUUCUUUGUUUAGGACAUACGAAUGUAACUUAAGUAAGGUCUCACACAGCUCUUCCUGGCUACUGGUUGCUGUCCCUUUUUGAUGGAUUUUGCUUGUAAGGAGGAGAACAGAAAGGUUGGUUUCAGGAACCAAGAGGGUUGGCACCAAGUGGAUGCAAAAUAAGUAUUCUGUGGAGUCCACAUAGUUCCAUUUUUUGAGCAUCCAAGAAGUAUUGUUUCUUGUGCUAAAAGAGUACAAUUGAAUUUGUUUCACUUUAGAAAUUACACUGAAGGAACUCUCUCACCCCGGUGGAAAACUUGUUUCCUCAGGAGUUGUCCUUUGGAAGAUGAACUCUUGGAAGCAUGUUUUUCUAGGGAUGAUGUGGAGGAGGAUGAACUGGCUAAGGCAGGUCUUUCAAGCCGGUGAGGGGAGGGGAGGCACAUGGAGCCUUGAGAGGCACCCCUAUCCAGACAGCUACGUGCUUGCUUUCCUGCCCUAGCUUUUGGUUGCAGGGUGAUUUCUGUGAGGAGAAAUCUAUGCUUUAGUCAUGGAUGUCAAUAGAUGGGUUUGUUUUCCUGCUACAGAUUACGGAGUGGAAUUAAAGAAUCCACUUCUGGACUUGUGGGGAGUGAAGGCCCGUCUAUGUAGAAAGGCUGUAACAACUCGGAAAGACUGGACAACUAGCUAUAUAAAUGCUGACAUUUCUUUUCCCGUGAUGGCUUUUAAUGAAACAUUUGGUGAUAGAAUUAUAAACCUCUUUAAUUCCCCU